AUGGGGGUAAAAGUCAGUAAGUUGAGCAGAAUUAUCAGAGUUUGUGGCGACAAGUGCUUAAGAGGGCCUCCAUCGACUCCAAGAGCUUAUAUUCCAAUUUCAGUUGGUGAGAAUGAUGAAACCAAGCGUUUUAUGGUUCACCCGGCAGCCCUGGGUGAUGCAGAUUUCAUGGAGCUUUUGUGUCUGUCAGCUGAAGAAUAUGGCUUCUGUAAUGAUGGCAUUCUCAGGAUCCGAUAUGAAGCUGAGGCUUUCGUGGAUUGGUACAUUAAAGGCGCCAAGCAGAAGAUGUUUAAGGUUAGAACAACCUAG